CAGUUUCUCCAGUCUUUGCUCUAAUAAACAGAAAAUAAACACAUUCCUUCCUCGAAAAUUUUGAGCAGUGUUUAUUUUAGCUAAAAUUGAAUAUUUAAAUGUAAAUUUAAAUGUUUUUAAAAUCGAUAUCUUACGAGCUCAAUAAUUAUUCCACCAAGUUUUAUUUUUGCUCGGAAACCACGCCAAGGUAAAAAAUAAUAAUGUUGGUGACCAUUAACAUCAAAACGGGAUUGUAUGAAGGCCGUAAAGGAGAUUAUUCCAUUGAGGAAUUGCGACUUUUGCAUGACAAUGAUAUCACAGUCGAUAGGGAAUUAACCUGGGUGCAGGCAAUUGCACAAGUUUAUGACGGGUUUAAAAUUGAUUCGAAAAAGUAUUAUGUAAGAAGAAUACGGUCAAUUGAUGCUGAAGCACUGCACGGUCUGCAUGAGCCGAUUUCCGAUCUACUUACGUCAGAGUUUAAGCAAAUCAAGAAGAGAUGUUGUGUUCUAAUUAUGGAGUUUGAUGAGCUCAUUACUUUCGCUGAUAUGGCAAAACAGAAGAGAUCAAGUCAAAUCGAAUCACAUGUGGAAGAUCCACCUACGCCUCAAGAUGGUGGACAACUGCGACCACGACGGACCAUAAAGCGGAAAAAUAUGCGAGAGGAAGAUGACUUUGAAUUUGAGAAGUCAGCACGAUCGCCACGUCGAAAGAAAUCGCGAAAGAAGCAGCGAUACACCCGUGAAGUUCAAAAUGGCUGGGGGGAUGACAUGAAUGAAGAAAUCUUGUUUGUUGAGAAAGAAGAGUUCGCUAGUGGCAGCCAAGACUUUUACAACCGAGCGGAGAACCACCGCCGACCUCGGCCACCUAGAUCUCAGCCAUUCCCGUCCCAAUAUCGACAACCAUCCCACCAGCAGCAGCAGAGAGAAAGAGGCGAAAACAAAGCUGCCACGUGCCACAAGGAAGAAUUUCUGCAUCGUGCAAGAACCGUUUUGACGAAUUCACAAUUGCUCAAAGCUCGUCACGCUCUUCAACAACUGAAACAAUCUAGUUAUGAACAAGGAGAUAACAAGUGGACGAAGUGGGUCUUGGAAAGUCCGGGUCCGGUCAAUAUCAUCCGCCUUCUAUUUGACGUUUAGUUUUAUACAUAAAAGCAGAAUCAAUCUCAUAAACAGUAUUGUUUGACAACAUAUGAUGCUGAUUAUUAGUGAUUAUUCUUACCAAGAAGUGUCUCAUUUAUUUAUUUUAGCUGAUAAUACUUGUAUAUAUUUAUAAUCAAUUUGUUAGAAGAAAUCUAAAGCCCUUAUUAAGUACGCAAGUUGACAUAGUCUGCAAGAUACAUAAAUAACCUGCAAUACUCGCGUUAAUAAACACUAGUAUCGCAUACUCAAUAUUUAAAUUAUUUAGUGCGAGUUGUUUACCCAAUGAGGAUUUUUUCCAAGUUUAUAAUAUAUUUAAAUGUGAAACAACUCGAAUAGUUUACUAAAUUAACAACUGCCAGUGCUGCUACAAAUGUGGCCUACAAUAUAUACAAUCUUCCAUUAAUUGUAUAUUUUUACUUAUCCAUGACAUUAUAGCAAAUAAAAAUCAAUCUUUAUACUGUUUAGUAUUAUACAUAGUGAA